AUGAAGUUUCUGCGAUCACUCUACAGUUACAGAAUGAACUGCUUAAGAUCAUUUCCUUCUCCAAGAGGCAUUCGCUUCAGCUACCCAAGCAUGUCUACCGACUCCAUUCCUUUCAUUUCACCACGGGGCUCAUAUCUGUCUCUUCAAUUCCCCUUCUCAACCAGUCGAGUCCGAGCUGAAGACUCCCCGUUUGCGUUCGAUUCUUCUGAAACAGAGCGCGGGAGCAGAAGUGACUCCGGCAGUGCUCAGUUCCGUAGGGUUUACAAUCCGGUGAGGGGUGGGUUCGAUCCGGUAAAGAGGAACGAUGGCGAACCGGAACCUGCGUUUUCGGGUUAUGUUUCGGAGCUCGAGGAGUUGGAGAGGAAUAGAACUUACGGAGGUGCAAAGGGGGGAAAGUCGGGCGGUGGGCUUGAUGGAAAGCAUCUCGUGGAUGUAAAUGGGAGUGUGGUAAAUCGAGAUCAUAAUCGAGAUAGUUUAUCGAGUUCAAGUUUUCGAAAGCAGGAAAAUAGAGCUGGCAGUGUGAGUAAUGGGAAUCUGAGCACCGAAGAUAAAUCGAGGAUGGGACUUCCUGUUUGUAUUGGUGAUAGCGGGGUUGUAGAGAAUGUGAACAAACAUGCAAAUGGGAAGAAGGUGGAUUACGUCAGGGGAGUGAAGUCGGGAUAUACACUCACAAGUAAGAAGGAGAAGGUUAGAACUAGUUAUGUUUGUGAGAGCUGUGGCAAUACAGAAGGGCAAUGGUGGGGAUAUUGUCGCUCCUGUAACAGUGCUGGGACGAUGAAGAAGUUCUCUGAAACGGGGGGUGGCAAUGGAGACAAGGUUAGUGGCAUUGUGGCCUCGGAAAAUAUGGUUAAGUCUUGGCUGCCUCAACAGGCUGGAGAGGUGAACCCAGUAAGUUUGGCAGACGUGAACAGAGAUGUGAAUCAUUUGGAAUGGCGGAUCCCUCUGCCUGGACCUUUUGGCGAUGAAGUGUCUAGAGUUCUUGGUGGGGGUCUUGUUCCAGGUUCUCUGGUCUUGGUUGGUGGGGAUCCCGGUGUUGGAAAGAGUACAUUGAUCUUGCAGCUAGCUGCAAUCAUAGCUGAAGGACAAGGCCUUGGGAAACCAGCUCCAGUUAUUUACGUCUCUGGGGAAGAGAGUGUUCAGCAAAUAGGGAACAGAGCUGACCGUAUGGGAAUUGGAUCAGAGGACCUUUACCUGUAUUCAAGCACUGAAAUUGAGGACAUAAUGAAGAAAAUUCAGAAUCUAUCUCCUCGUGCUUUGAUUAUUGAUUCGAUUCAAACAGUUUACCUUAAUGGAGUUAUCGGAAGUCCUGGCGGAUUAACACAGGUCAAGGAAUGCACAUCAGCUCUGUUGCGGUUUGCAAAGAGAACUGAUAUCCCAGUUCUGUUGAUCGGACAUGUGACCAAGUCUGGGGAAAUUGCAGGGCCUCGUGUCUUGGAGCACAUUGUCGAUGUUGUUCUGUAUGUGGAGGGGGAGAAGUCCUCGUCUCAUCGUCUACUCCGGCCGGUGAAGAAUCGUUUUGGGUCCACUGAUGAGCUGGGGGUAUUCGAAAUGUGUCAAUCGGGUUUGCAAGCUGUUUCCAAUCCAAGUGAGAUAUUCUUAAGUGAGCAGCACUUGGAAUCUGAUGUUUUGGCUGGACUAGCCGUGACUGUAAUGAUGGAUGGCUCUCGAAGUUUCCUUAUUGAAAUUCAGGCAUUAUGUGUUGCUGGUUCGUCAGCUUCCAGGAGGCAUGCUACUGGGAUUCAAUCUAGCAGAGCUGAAAUGAUUAUAGGGGUGCUUGUGAAGCAAGCUGGGUUGGCACUUCAAGAGAAUACCAUAUUCUUGAAUGUUCUUCGUGGUGCGGAGCUUACUGAGACUGCUGGCGAUCUUGCCAUUGCAGUUGCAAUCUGCAGUAGUUUCUUGGAGUGUCCGAUUCCCAAUAAUGUUGCAUUUAUGGGAGAAGUUGGCCUUGGUGGUGAGCUGCGCACUGUACCCAGAAUCGAGAAGCGGGUGAACACAGUUGCAAAGCUGGGAUAUCAAAUGUGCGUUGUGCCCAAGUCUGCCGAAAAGGCGCUGGCUGGUUUUGGGUUCGAGGGGAUGAAAAUCGUUGGAUGCAAGAAUCUGAAAGAAGUCAUCAACACUGUAUUCAGACAAAAUGGGAAAAACUUGUAA